AUGGAGUCCUCUUUCAACGCCGUAGAGCUCCGGGAGCUGCGGGGCGGGGGGUGCCGGCGGUCCGUGUCCCCGACGCCGGUCUCAGCGCCCUGGACAUCGUCCACGGCGGGCUGCGCCGCCCGGGGCUUCGAGAACGCCUCCUACCAGCAGGACGAGGAGCAAAACCACCGGCAGCAGGGGGCGGCUGUGUCGACGGGCUGUCGGCCCUCGACUUCGGGCAACAGCAAGGGGGAGCAGCAGCAGCAUCAGGAGCUCUCCCCACGGUCGUAUGAUGAGGAGGAAGGAGGUGGAGGGCAGGAGGACGGACAGGACUUCACCGAGUUGAACCCCGUCGACGACCACUCUGCGGACUACGGCUUCAUCUUCGCCCUGGUGUUCCUGGUGAGCGGGAUCGUCCUGGUGGUCAUCGCCUACACAAUCCCUCGAGAGGCCAAAGUCGACCCGGACUCGGUUUCGGCCCGCCAGAUGGAGAAGCUGGAGAUGUACUACGCCCAGCUGGGCUCCCAUCUGGACAAGUGCAUCAUCGCGGGCCUGGGUCUGCUGACUCUGGGAGGGAUGUUCCUGUCCGUGCUGCUCAUGGUGUCCAUCUGCCGGGGCGAAAUGUACCGACGCAGGGUGGCGUUUGUUCGACCCAAGAGGACUUACGGCUCCAUCAACCUGAGGAUGAAGCAGCUGGCGACUGGAGAGGCGGGAGGAGGCGAGGGCGGGGACGGCGGCGAGGAGUUUUUGGUGGAACAUGCAGAGACACGGAAUAGCACACAACCAGGGCCGGGCCGGGACUCCAAAUCAGAACCAGGAACAAGCAGGCGUCCUCCUGUUGCUGCUUCUUCUUCUUCCUCUUCAGCUGCUGCACAUGGAGUCAACUAG